AUGGCUCCCGAACUCCGUUCCCUCGGCAAGACAACCCCAGGGCCGCUGGUCAAACCCUCCAAGUUCGGCUGUGACAGCAAGGCUGUCAACACCAUUCACUGCUUCACGGCUAUUCUCAAGGAGAACCAACACUACACUAACCCGAACUGUGAGGGGUCACAUGUACCUCCCAUCAGGGAAGUGUCCGACUUUAUUCUUAGCCUCGAAACAGAGGAUCACUACCAGAAUAGUUACGUCGAUGACUUGAACCGCACGUUUUUUUUCAACGUCCUCAAGGUCUACUUCAGGAAGCAUUUCCGCCACAACACGUUGCCGGUGAUCACUCGACCCCGGAGCGGCAAGCAGCUCAACGCCUACCCACGAGAUCUACAACACCGCUUCCGUGUGAAGUGUACCGUCCCGAUCAACAUGUACGAAGGAAACAUCAUCAAGGACAUGCUGGCGGAAACCGAGUGGCUGAAGCAGAUUGAGAAUAAGCUGCCACCGCAACCCGACCUUGCCCCCGUGCGUCGCUAG